AACAAUGAGAUUCAAAAUGAAGUGUUUUUUUCUGUUUCUAAUCUUAUGCAAUCUCAGCUCCUUACAUUCUACAAAAAGUCCCAUAAUCAAUAAAAGUGAAAACCUCGUGUCUUUUACUAAAUUCAAUAACAAUCUUGGGUCCUUCAUUGAACCCAAAGGUCAAGUGGUAAUCAAAACUGGCGACCUUGUCAUGCGUGUCCUUGUAAAUGUUCAAUCAUUGGAAACAGACUACAAAUAUCUGCAAGAUUUUUGCCAUAAGUACUAUCAAAGUGAAUGCCCAAAACCAUUCAAUCCAGAUCUGACAGAGUUUCGUGACACCAUCAAAUCUUUGGAUACUGUAGAAGAAGUGGAUGUAAAGCAUCUUUCUUCACACCUUUAUCAACCUGUUAAAGACAUUCUAAAUGAUAUGUUGAAAAAUAUUGAAGCAUCCAAAAGUUAUUUAUUUACGUGGAAUAUCGCGAGGGUGGCUACAGAUUUAGAACGGCAAAAGGAACUCCUUGUCCGCGAAGUUGCUUGCGCCCGCAAUAAUACCAUGUGUCCAUCCUAUAUAACCAUUCAAUCUAUAAAGAAGUUACUUAUUGACAGAAACUACACAAUUUUUGAUUUCAUUCGUAGUGCAUCUGUAAAAGUUGGACAAUUUGAUAGGUAUAUUCUGUUUGAAUAUACAAUGCCAUCAAGGGUUGAUACAAAAUUUAACCUCUUUCAUUUGACGCCCAUUCCCAAAGUGCAUCCAAAUGGCACAAUCGAGAUUUUGGAUAUUGAGAGUCCAUACGUGGGAAUAUAUGGCAAAUUGAAAAUGUAUUUUAACCUUCAAAACUUGGAUGACUGCUUGAAGCUGAAUAGCAAUACAAUAAUUUGCGAACCGGAUGAAAUCUCUCAAAUAAAUGAUUUUAAAGAUCUGCCUUGCGCGGUUGCUCUGAUAGAAAAUCAAACCUCCAAGACCUGCACUUCUCAUCUUAUUAUGCGGAACUCCAUAUGGACACCACUUCUAGCACCAAAUUCUUGGAUAGGGACUGUCACCAAGGAUCUCUCUUUACAGACCAUCUGCUCCGAAUAUCAACUGGAACUGAAAAUAAAGGGCACUGGUAUCUUAAGGAUUCGAAGCGACUGCAGAGUUCUUGGUACAUCUGUAAAUCUCCAAGGAAGUGUGCGGAAAUGGACACAUUCCAAUCAAUCCUAUGCAUCACUACAGACCCCAAACGAAACUUUAGAUAAAGACAAUAUUUCCGCAUCCAUAAACGAACUUCGCAACGCCAUAAUAAAACUCACGGCGGAUCAAGAGAAACCGGAAACCAUUAUAUUUCCAUAUAUCAUCGGAGCAGCCGGAAUUAUUAUAAUUCUCCUUGGUGUUGCCUGUUUUUAUCGCCAUCAGCGCACCAGGAUUCCAGUGCCAGGAUUCGUAGUUAAGUUGAAUGAAAUAUCCUAAAAAUUGUAUGUUAAUUUCCUUUCCAAAACCGCGAAUCCAUAAAUGG